AUGCCAGUCACCCCUACACCUGAAGAUGAAAAAAACGAGCCUAUUUUUGAAAUUGUUUACAACGCUCCUACAGCUCCACCUUCAGAUAUCAUUACUCCACCUCCAUCUCCCAAGUCGUCACCGAGAACCGAUGGGGAGCGUUCCAUCGUCUCUGAAUCUUUUAAAGCCAAUGAUCGCAUAUUAACAGUAAAACGUCAGGGUCAAAUGAAAUUAUUGAAACUCGAAUAUGCUGCUUUGAAAAGAGAAGGUCUUUUAUUUACAGAACACACGUACAACCUCAUCUUUGAAGCAUAUGCCAGUCUUCGUCGUGACGGUACUCCUCUAACUCCAAUGCUUAACAUUUAUGAGGAUAUGCUCCGUUCUGGAAUUCAACCCUGCAGUUCUACUUAUACUAUUCUCAUCCGUACUCUGUGUAAGCGUGAUGUGGAGGUGCAAAAAGUCAUUGCUAUGCUGAAGCGUCAGAAUGCUCGUUGCAAAUCUAUUACUGCUUCUAACAAUAACAUGUCCGACUUAGAGUCUGAGGCGAAUCUACAAAAGGCACUUGUCAUGUUUGAAGAUGCUGUUUCCGAAAACCUGGUUCAAUUCUUCGAAGUUGACCUCUUUAAUCAAUUGUUACGAGUUCUCUCCCACUACGGUGAUGUUGAGAAUUCUCUCCGAGUUUAUCAUCAGUUGGAACUUCAUGCUCAACCUACGUCUGCUACUUAUGCUGCCUUGAUCAAUUUGUUUGGUCGUGUGGGCGAUCUGGAAUCUGCCUUGACCUUUUUUCAACAUUACUCUUCUAUCAAAGACACAGUGGGACCCCAUGACGCUUCUUAUGUCUAUAAUGCUUUGGUCGAUGCUCACCUCAAAUGCCAUCAUUUAGAAGAUGCCCUCAAAAUUGUUCAAAAAGAUAUGUUGGAAGCGGAUGUCAAAAUAUCUACGAUUCCUUAUAACUCUAUCAUUCGUUAUUAUUGUCUUCAACCUAACAAGAAAUUGGAAGAAGCCAUGGACCUUCUACAAACGAUGAAGCAAUCUUACCCUCAACCUGAUGCUAGCAGUUAUGGCCCUGUUUUGUCUGCUUAUUGUCAAAUGGGUUGUUUCAAAAAGGCAACUGAAAUCUAUCAAGCCCUGAUUCAAACUGAUAUUUCCAAGUCUUACGGUAACAUGGCUAAUUAUGCUUUGCUCUGCUUGAAACAAAAUGACAUGGAGAAAGCCAUGCAGGUAGUCGAAGAUAUGAAAAAGGCCGGCUUGGAACCUGACCCUGCUUUGGCUCAACAUAUUGUCACUCGCUUUGCUAUCGACUUAAAGCAACCAGAACAUGCUUUGAACGCUCUUACUGUCAUCUUGGAAUCCAUGAAACCUCGCUCUGUGGCUAAAGGAGUGAACCAACUAAAACAGGCAGCUUUAGCCGUUUCCAACGCCUUGGCCGCUUCUGACACUGUUCAUAUUGACACUGCGCUGACUUUGGCUCGUUUGUUUACAAAGUAUUUGACCAACGGUACUCAUCAAAAUCACAUGCUGCCCUUACCUGUUGCCAAAGUUAUAGUUGAAGCUUACAAUUUUGACUCAAAUCACUGUAUGUUGACUGCUACCGAUUAUGAAAUGCUGUUUGAUGCCGCCAUCACUCUUGCUUCUACUACUACUAGUAACAGAAAAGCCUCUAUUUCAUCUUUGCUGCUUGAAAUUGCUUCUGAAAUGUCCGUUAAUGGAUUCAAGAUUGCUUCUCAUACAGAGCACCGGGUUGUUAGUUAUCUUAAUCGUGUUGGGGACAAACAAACUGUUCAAAAGUGGCGUGCGCUUUCUGCAGGUUUCAAGAAAGACAACAGCGAGCCAGAAGGCUUUGCAACUCUUCUAUCCCAUGCUGUCAUGACGAAUGCCAUGCAAGGUCGCUUGGAAGAAGCCGUCUUUAUCCUUCGUGCGCGUUUGGUAGAGUCUCUUUUGGUCCCUUUGGUAGAACCUCUCCGGGAUGCUAUUGCUUUUGUUGGUAAACAAGGUAACCUUCAAACUGCUGACACCAUGUACAAGCUUGCCAUUUCUUGCUUCCAACAACCAAGCCCAAACAAUGAACGUGCUGUCUAUAUUUUGACCAACAGUAUCCUCAUCGGCUAUGCUCAACAGGGUGACAUGGUCCAAGCCAAGAAAUACUACGAAGCGAUCAAACAUAUGGGUCGCUAUCCUGAUGGCAAUGGCUAUGCCAGUCUUCUCUUAGGUUGUGCCAAGUGUGCUACGGACGAAGCUACGGAUGCUCUCACCAUUUACGAAGAAGCAAAACGUCACGAUGUAAAGCCUACAACUUUCUUCUACAAUGUUGUGAUCUCUAAGCUGGCAAAGGCGCGUAAGCUCGAUAAAGCAAUGCAAUUGUUCGAGGAAAUGCAACGCUUCAAGAUACAGCCUAAUGCUAUUACCUAUGGUGCAAUCAUUUCUGCUUGUGUCCGUGCAGGUGCUGAGUCUUUAGCUGUUCGCUUAUUUGAUGAUAUGUUAGCUGCUCCGCAUUUCCGCUCCCUUUUACGUGUAGGCCCUUUCAACAACAUGAUUCAAUUCUAUGUUCGUCAAAAUCCAAAUCGUGAACGUGCUCUGGCCUACUUUGAACAAAUGAAGCAAUGUGGUGUAAAACCUUCUGCCCAUACCUAUAAAUUAUUAAUGGAAGUCUAUACUUUGAUUGCUCCUUAUGAUAUGAAGAAGGCACACGGCUUGCUUGAGGAAAUGGAGCGAGUGGAUGGUGUGCGUCCUCAAGCUACUCAUUACGCAACCUUGAUUUAUGCAUAUGGUACAAUUCAAAUGGAAGUUGAAGCUGCUGAAAAAGUUUUUUAUGAAGAGAUGUCAUCGAGCACUAAGAAUAUGAAUCAGGUGGAGAAGGAUGAAGUGGUGUAUCAAUCCAUGAUCGAUACUUUGGUGACAAACGAUCAGCUGACUCGUGCGGAAGCUCUCUAUCAAGAAAUGAAGGUCACUAUUGGCAAGUCUACUUCACCUUAUAUUGAAAAUGUGUUUAUCCGUGGCUAUGGACAGAAGGGUUUAUUGGAUAAAGCCAGAGCACUAUUCGAUAGCAUGAUUGAUGACAAAAUCCAGCAAAAUGAUGAAGAACGAAGAACUAUCCGUGAGCCAAGUACUUACGAAGCUAUGGUACGUGCCUAUGUUGAUAAUCAGAAGAUAGAGGAGGCUCAAGAAAUUUAUCAAAUGAUGAUCCAACGUGAAUUUCCUGAGAAAGUUACCGCUUCAGUUGGUGAGCUGCUUGCCUAA